AUGUAUCCGCGAUUUCUAGACCGCAACUAUCCCUUGGCGAAGCAUCUGUUCUUUGUGACCAGAUACUCCUUCGGUCUGCUGGGCCUAAGCUUUGAUCAGAAGUUGUCAUGGUGGCAAUGGAUCUGGUUGGUUUUCAACUUUGUGAAUCUGGCGCACUGCUGUCAGGCGGAGUUUGUCUUUGGAUGGAGCCACCUGCGUACCAGUCCUGUGGAUGCAAUGGAUGCCUUCUGCCCGCUGGCCUGCAGCCUGACCACGCUCUUUAAGCUGGGCUGGAUGUGGUGGCGAUGUCAGGAGGUGGCUGCCCUGAUGGAACGCAUUCGUCAGCUAAUCGAAGAGCAGGAGAAGAGGCGGGAUGAGCGACGAGAUUUGGCCCAAAGGAGCUGCUAUGUGAUGGCCACUAGGUGUGGAAUGCUGGUUUUCACAAUGGGCAGCAUCACCACAGGGGCUUUUGUUUUGCGUUCCCUUUGGGAGAUGUAUGCACGUCGCCGGCAGGAGUUCAAGUUUGAUAUGCCCUUUCGAAUGCUGUUUCCGGAUUUUGCCCAUCGAAUGCCUUGGUUUUGGUUUUUCUAUCUCUACUCCACCUGGAGUGGUCAGGUCACAGUGUAUGCCUUUGCCGGCACCGAUGGUUUUUUCUUUGGCUUUACCCUCUAUGUGGCCUUUCUGCUGCAGGCUCUGCAAUGGGAUAUCCAGGAAACCCUCAGGCCUAUUGAAGAUCCUUCACCUCGAGAGACUGAUAUAUGCUGUCAGCGCUUGGCCGAUAUCGUGGAUCGUCACAAUGAAAUCGAGAAGAUUGUGGAGCGCUUCUCGGGUAUCAUGGCAGCUCCCACCUUUGUGCAUUUUGUGUCGGCCAGUGUGGUGAUAGCCACCAGCGUUAUUGAUAUACUUUUAUAUUCCGGCUACAAUAUCAUACGCUAUGUGGUGUACACCUGUACUGUUUCCUCAGCCAUAUUUCUAUACUGCUACGGUGGCACGGAAAUGGCCACCGAGAGCCUUUCUUUGGGAGAAGCUGCCUACAGCAGUGCCUGGUACAAAUGGGAUCGGGAGACACGUCGACGGGUAUUCCUGAUUAUCCUGCGAGCCCAGCGACCCAUCACAGUCAAGGUGCCUUUCUUUGCACCUUCACUGCCAGUCUUUACUUCGGUUAUUAAAUUUACAGGUUCCAUUGUGGCGCUGGCCAAAACCAUAUUGUAG